AUGAAAGAUUUAGUAAUUCCGUACCCUGAAAAGUCUGCGAAAGGUGCUCAUCUUGCUUUGAAAAGUUUAUUUGCUCGUACUACAUUCUUUGCGUUGCGUAACGCUUUUGUUGCUGCUGGUGUAAGGAUUUUAAUAGGCAUAGUUAAGCGUAUUGGGAAAGGAGAAUUACGAUGGAUCGUGUUAAAACCCGUUCUAAAAGAGAUUUUUUCUCUUGAUCCGCUGAAAUGGGGGUUUAUUUUUGGUAGUCUUGUUUGCUUUUCCCUUUUAAAGGAAAUUAUUCGCAAGCUUGGUUGUUUGUGCCGUGUACCGGAGAAAGUUGCUUCUGCGCUCGCAGCUUCUAUCUGUUCUUUGCCUGUACUUGUGCUAAAUAAGGAGACCAGAACCGAUUUAUGUCUUUAUGUCCUAGUACGAGCGCUACACAGUUUUGCCGUGGGACAUAUUUUACCCCUUUUACCAAGGCCUUUACGGGAAUUUCAAUACUAUGACAUUGUUGUCAUGUGCCUAAGUGCAUCUCAAAUUCUUUAUGGUGUUGUUUUUGCUCCCUUUUCUUUGCCUUCAUCAUAUCAGAGAUUUCUGUCGAAGGCCUCCAUGUUAGAUAACCGCUUGGUUCGAGGUCAUGCAGGUCUUGCGAGGUAUCAGUUAACCCCUGAAUUGGUGGAAUUGUGUAUGGAAAGGGGUAUUAAGGUUCCUCAAAGUGCAAGGGAACAUUUCAGCAUCGGUUGCUUACUUACUCAUCCAGGAAUGACAUGCAAUACGUUUUUUCUUCGUUUUAUUGGGAGAAACAUGAUUCAGGUGGGGCUUCCGCUUUAUACUCCUCUAACACUAGGUAAACUUAUUCUGUACCAGCGGAAAAAAUUGAGGAAUCAACCUUUUGAGCUAUUACAAAACUCAGUUCGUUCAGUACUUUCGAGCGCACUUUUUUUGGCUCUUUAUGCAGCAAGCUCUGUGCGUUUUGCGUGUUUUUUUGCUCAAGGUAAUAUUCGUGGUGGCUUUUUUUUUGCCAUUUUUUGUUCAAUGGCAGGCAUCGCGACCUUGCUUGAACCCAAAGGAAGAAGGAUGGACUUGUCUUUGUACUGCUUCAUGUAUGCUCUUCGAUCUUUUUUUAUGACACAGUAUCGUUUGGGAUGGAUACCAUAUCCAAGACAUAAAGGAAUUUGUUUGCUUUAUGUGACUUCUCUUGGGUUUCUUACAUAUCAGUUUGAUCAAGAACCGGAUAAACUUAACCCUCGACUGUAUGGUUAUUUAUCAAAAUUAUUUCCAGUCAUGCAAUUAGAGCGAGGUAUGAAGGAAAAGACUUGUGGUAGUGUAGAUAGCAUGGGAAUGUUGGAUGAACAGUAG